AUGUCUUUAGAGUUCGCUCCCCGCCACCCCUCGGGCGCCCGCCUUCUGUGCGACCCUUCCCCCCACUUCCUGGUUGGGCUCCUGGAUCCCAGGACGUACCUGCAGCAGCAGCUUGACCCGCUCGAUGGGCGCUACCGCCGUCUUGGAGAUGGCUGCGGCCACUCCACCUGCCAGGAAGUCCUUGGCGAAGGACACAGCGGCAUCUGUCAUGUUGAAAGGAAAGAGGCGGCAGGCUGCUGCGGGACGGGACUGGGCCGGGAACCGGCUUUGACUCCGGCGCUGCGGGGCGGAGCGAAGCAAAUGGCCGAUUUAUAUAGGGGGAGCCGGCGCCGGAGCGGCAGGCGUCGGAGGCGGGGCCGAGGCGGGGUCUGGGCCCCGGCGCGCUGGGCGGCAGAGCAGCUGAGUGGCCCAGCGCGCAGGGGGAGGAGUCGUGGAGGGCUGGCCGGGACCGCUCUCCGCGCCGCCCGGGCUCGCCCUCGGCACCGGACCCGGCAGGAGGAAGGGGCGGGUCCAGAGGACACUCGGGACUUGAACGCUGAACCCUGACAGAGGCCUCGGAGUGGGUAGGAACGGUGAGGUCACGGUGUGCCGGGACAAAAACCCUUGGAGCAGAACUAGGGUGAGACACAUUUGUUACAGGGAUGCCCAAAGAACCCUUCAGUCAUCGAGAUAAACAGUAGUUAAUGUGAUACUUUAAAAAAGUCGUAUGGGCAAACAUCCCGCUGGCCGGCCCCCUUGUUUUGUAAAUAAAGUUUAAUUGAAGUGUCAAGGCUGAAAUCAGGGUGAGGCAAGCGAGACAAAGUCAUGCAAGUGCAGGUUGGGAUCCUGUCUGUAUUUCAAAUGCUGAUCAUUUGUUCAUCAUGAAUUUUUGCAUUGCUUUUGAUUUUUUUUAAAAUAGUGCAUUAAAAAUCAUUUGUCUUAAUUACUGAGUUGUGUUUCACCAAGGUGAGUGCCUCACUCUUCCCACCCUAGACCGGGCACUGUCCUGGAGCCAGUGAAACCAGACGAAAUUAAGGGAACAACAGACGAAGGAACUGCCACCGUGCCCCAGACCCUGGUUUGCAAAUACAGUUCAACAAAGACCUUGCCAGGAAUUGGCCUGGGAGAGUCCAAAGGACUGGGCUGGGGGUGGGGAAAUGAUUUUAGCCAGAAGGUAAAUAUAGAGGUUGUACCCAGAAGGUUAAGAGGCUUAGGAAGGUUAAGAACUACGUUGACAUUUGGCUCCCAGGACCCCAGGUAAAGUGCCCUUGGAUCGAAUAGAUUUCUGAACUCCAGAAACAUUUAGAGGAAUCAAUAGAAUUAGAUUGGCAGCCAUUGUGCCAAUGGACAAGUGCUUACUGAGCCCCUUAAUCCCUUCACUGGGUAAGCAUUUGCCACACAUGUCCUCAAAAACCUACUUGUUAGCUUAAGUGGACUCCCUCAGGUUCAGAACAGGAGCAGAGAGUGUAAUCACAAAUUCCGUGUCUGAAUAAUCAUAACAAUGUUUAUAAAAAUAAGGAUGACUGUUGAAAACGGCAACUGCGGCUGAACCUUAUGUGCCCAGACUUCAGAAUUCCCAAAGGCAAAAUGCCAGCAGGCCUUUGCACGCUGAACACAUAGUGUUCAUAUCCUUCACUUUCCUUUCCUGCCCUCUCCCAUCUUCUCCAGAUCUGCCUGUGAAAGGACCCAAUUCUAGGACCCUCCAGGAUGGUUAGGCCCUUCCUCUGAAAGUACACUUUGCAAUUUGUUAGUCACCUCAAGAACCCCAGCGAUCCAAACUGAUACAGGCAAAUUGCAGGUGUUCAAAGGAGCAAUUUUGAAUCUAGCUUUGUAGAUCCUGGGAGAAAUCUUUGACCUGUGUUAGUGAAAGGCUACAGUGUUUCUCAGCUGAUUAUAAUAGUGAGGUAGCUGGAUGCAAGAAAACAGCUUCAGAGAAUGGUAGAGUAUAUCCUCCAAAGGCGAUGUUCACUUCUCUAUUCUAGUGAGAGAAACAAGAGCUAAGGCAAAAUUCUACAGAGGGCUUUAUUGGAGAGAGGUGGAUUUUAUUUAUAGUGCAUUUAAAAAUAAAAUUCAAAACCUUUCUAGUUUGAACUCUUGACAUUCUGAUGAAUGCAUUUUUAUUCAACUGUUAAUUAUUCCUCAGUACACCUCGCCAUCACUUGUGUAUCCCUUUUCUUCAUGUGACCUUGCCCUGGCCACAUCUGCUACUCUCUUUGAGCAUGAUGCCUCUACUGUAUUCUAUUCCAGAGCUCAUUGUUUUGUCAGUUUUUUUCUCUCCACAAAAAAAGGUGAUCAAAUAAUUACAUAGAAUUUUUCCCUUCUCAGUCUUUGGGUAACUAAGUGUGGCUUUAUUGACGAUGAAAUACAAGAUGGGUCAUUUAAAAGCAACUUCAUGCCAUCACUUGGUAUUUUGCUAAAUCCAUGGUGAGCUGGAGCUCCCCUAGUCGCCUAUUACCGUGUAUAUUUUAAGGAGUCAGAUAUUCUCGAAACUGUUAAGACCAUGAAAGACAAAGAGAGUAAGGAACUGUCACAGAUUAAAGGAGACUAAAGAGACUUGACAACUGAAUGUAAUAUAUGACACUCAACUGACUCCUGGACCAGAAAAAGGACAUUGGUUAUAUUGGUGAGGUUCGAGUAUCUGUAGAUUACCAAUACUAUUCUUGGUUAUGGUGGUUAUGUAAGAUUUAGAGAAGUUGAGUAAAUGAUAUAAGGACA